AUGGAGAUUGAUGUUCCCGGAUGGGAAGAGAAGGGUCGUUGGGUCUUCUACUUGGAUCUUUUAACCGACUUGUUGAAGCUUGUGAUUUACUUGAGUUUCUUUGGUAUCCUACUCACUUUCUAUGGUCUCCCCAUCCACAUUUUGCGGGACGUUGUGGUGACAAUCCGCUCAUUUGCCCGUCGCAUUAUGGACUUCAUGCGUUACCGAAAUGCGACAAGGGAUAUGCACCAGAGAUAUCCGGAUGCAACGGCAGAGGAAGUCUCCCGGGAAGAUGUCUGUAUUAUCUGCCGCGAGGAAAUGAUUCCGAUUCAGCCGGCGCAACAACCACAACCGGAGGCCAACGCUCCUGGGGAGCCUGCACCCCAGCCUGCACCACAGCCGGCUGCUGGAAGCCAGCGUGUUCCUGAUCGUCUACGUCCGAAAAAGCUUCCAUGUGGCCAUAUCUUGCACUUUUCGUGCCUCCGAAGCUGGCUUGAGAGGCAACAGAACUGCCCGACAUGCCGACGUCCUGUUUUAGCGCCCACACGAACUCGAGGAGCUGCUGGGGCUGGAGGCAACAACGCACGCGGAGGUCAUAAUGGCGGCGUCCAGCCAGGCCAACAAGGUGCAGAUGCACAGCCACGUGCUCGUGUCUACCAGUUUGGGCCCUUCCGUAUUGGCUUUGGAGCUGUACGCGGAGAUUUAUUCAACAACCUCCACCCACAGGGUGGCCAAGGCCACCCGCUGCAGCCUGGGGCAAACCCGCCUGCGAAUGCGCCCGGUGGACAAAUUGGUUUUGGAUUCGGCUUCGGGCGCCGUCCCCAAACCCCCACCCCAGCUCCCGGCCCACAAGGUGCAGCUCCGGGAGGAUCUAUCGCUGCUGAAAUCAAUGAUCAGUUGGCGCAGAUCGAGCAACGACUGAACCAUGAAAUUGCGACUCUUCGGGCUGCCACGGAACAUCUAAACCACGUGCGUCAGCUUCGCGUGGAGCUAGAGCGGUUGCUUGCUCAAGCAAGGGCUGUCAACCAAGAAGCUGCCGGUCAACCAGGUGCCGAACAGGCAAUCCCGCCCCCUAACGUGAUUGCAGGAUCUUCAGUCUUCGCUACGGGCCAUCAAUACAGCCCAAACCCAGCCAGUGAUGUUCUGAACUCCGGAGACCCUCGUCUACCGGAAGGACUCACUAUUCCCCCUGGUUGGACCCUCCUGCCUCUCCAGCGUGUGGAUGAUGGUGCCAAUGGUGUGGCACAAACAGUACAGCCCACGCCUACCACUACAAUGGUAUCACCAGCUGCGCCAGCCGUGGGCGAUGCUAUCACUCCUCAGACCCCCACAUUCUCCGUGUCUGUUCAUGGUCAAACGAGCGAAAAUGUGGGGGUAAGUGCACAUGACCCCACCGAAACUACUCCUGUAAAUAGUGCCUCAAGUCCACCGGUAUUGCAACCCACGCCCACUGCUCGUUCGGUGGAUAAUCGUGCAGAGUCCCCGUCUCAAGAAUGGACCGACGUUGCCCCUAGACGGUCAUUUGAGGCCAAGUCGUCUUCACCCAUCCCUACUACAUGGGGUAGUAAUGGGGAAUCUUCAAAUAGUGCUUCUGGUCAGACUGAGACUCACCCCGAAUCCGCAUCCAACGGCAAACGCCGGACUGCAUCAGUCGAAGAAACGGCCGAUGAAGACGCUUGA